UCUGCCAGGCCCAGCCCAUGAAACUGGACCAGAACCCUCAAUCCUCACUAUAAAACCAAAGAUGAAGCGGAUUAGGGUUUCUGCUCGCUCGGCAUCUCCCUAGCUCCCACUCUGCUCGGGUCCAUAGCGUUCCGCUCGCCGUCAGCGAAGAUGCCGUCGCACAAGUCGUUCAUGAUCAAGAAGAAGUUGGCGAAGAAGAUGAGGCAGAACAGGCCCAUUCCUCACUGGAUCCGCAUGAGGACCGACAACACCAUCAGGUACAACGCGAAGCGCAGGCACUGGCGCCGCACCAAGUUAGGAUUUUGAGGUGGAUUAGACGUAAUUUGAGCUUCCCUUUUAUGAAAAAGAUGGAGAUUUUUACUUCAUUCGCAAGACUGUUGACGAGGGUUGUGUUUGAUCUGGAGUUCAGUGGAUGGAAUUUACGUUUUUGAGCAAGUUGAAUUGUAAUGGCAUUUCUUACAUAAUUGUCGACUGGGUUAAACUCUUUCGUUUA